AUGCUCUCUACACCAUAUGUGGUGAAGAAGGCGAUGUGUCUCAUCCUCCUAAUGUCCACCGCAACAUGCCAACUGCCUACACAUGUUGAGAGAGCGCAUGUCCUUGAGGCUCAUCUGCACAUUCGGGAGACGGUGGUUCCACCUGCCAGCAACAUGCAACUGAUGGAGUACUCGGAGGAGUUGGAAAACUUGGCGGCUUAUUGGGCCAGUCACUGUCGUUUUGAACAUCCGGAUACCAAUUCGUAUCCACACUACAAUGGACUCGGACAAAACAUCGCACUCAUUAGUGGCUUCACACCGUCUCUUAUUGAAGGCGUGUGUGGAUGGAGAGGCGGAUCUCAGCACUACACAUACUCCAACAACACAUGUGAUGGUGAAUUUGGCGCCUACACACAGGUACGUGGCCACUGUCUUGUCAUCUCAUGA